AUACACACACACACAAACACGUGCACUCACCCACAGGCACACACUCUGUUACCUGUGCAGACUGGGGGGUGCCGUGCUGCUGGCUGCUUCUCUUUUUUUUGCCUUUUCCUCUGAAGGUGUCUGCCUCAUCUUUUUUUGGGGGGGAGAAGUAGGUGUCACUUGUUUCCUCUUUCCUCCUUUUCUGCUUCCUGGAAUGCUAAAACUGGACUGAUGGACGUUUCAGAACUUUGCAUCCCUGAUCCUCUCAGCUAUCAUAACCAGGCCUCCUUGUCCCAUUCUCUGGCCACUCAGAAGGAGCCCUCUCGCUUCUGGCUGUUGAACAGGAUGGCCGCUGAGGAGCGGCACCUGCCCUCCAGCUGUGGCUCAUACAUAAAGACAGAGCCGUCCAGUCCGUCCUCGUUGGUGGACACAGCCAGCCACCCGAGUCCCGGUGCACACUCGGACGCCAGCGGUGGCUACGGCAGUGCCAUCCACAGCCACUCCAACGGCCUCGACUCUCCGCCCAUGUUCACGCCGGCGGGACCCCUCGGCGCAGCGGGCAGCGGCUGCCGCAAGCGCUAUGACGACUGCUCCAGCACGCUGCUUGACGACUCAGGCCCAAUCAAGUGCGAGUACAUGCUCAACUCCAUCCCCAAAAGGCUGUGUCUGGUAUGUGGAGACAUCGCUUCUGGCUACCACUAUGGUGUGGCCUCCUGCGAAGCCUGCAAAGCCUUCUUCAAAAGGACCAUACAAGGUAACAUAGAGUACAGCUGUCCAGCCACCAACGAGUGUGAGAUCACGAAGCGAAGACGCAAGUCCUGUCAAGCCUGCCGCUUCAUGAAGUGUCUGAAAGUCGGCAUGCUAAAGGAAGGUGUUCGUCUGGAUCGUGUCCGAGGAGGCAGACAAAAGUAUAAGAGGAGGAUUGACACGGAGAACAGCGCCUACUUAGGCCUCACCCUACCACCUCCAGCCAAGAAACCAUUGACAAAGAUCGUGUCCCACCUCCUGGUAGCAGAGCCAGAGAAGAUCUAUGCCAUGCCAGAUCCCACCAUGCCUGAGAGUGACAUCAAGGCACUGACCACACUCUGUGAUCUCGCUGAUCGUGAGCUGGUCGUCAUCAUCGGCUGGGCCAAGCAUAUCCCAGGUUUUUCCAGCUUGUCUCUGGGAGAUCAGAUGAGUCUACUGCAGAGCGCUUGGAUGGAGAUUCUGACCCUGAGCAUCGUCUUCCGCUCGCUGCCCUACGAGGACGAGCUGGUUUACGCCGAGGACUAUGUGAUGGACGAAGAGCACUCCCGGCUCACGGGCCUACUGGACCUCUUCGUCUCCAUCCUGCAGCUCGUCCGCAAGUACAAGAAGCUGAAGGUGGAGAAGGAGGAGUUUGUCACACUCAAGGCCAUCGCUCUCGCCAAUUCAGACUCCAUGCACAUAGAGGACGUGGAAGCAGUUCAGAAGCUGCAGGACGCUCUCCAUGAAGCGCUGCAGGACUAUGAGAACAGCCAGCACACAGAGGACCCACGGCGGGCAGGCAAGCUGCUCAUGACCCUGCCCCUGCUGCGGCAGACCGCCACCAAGGCCGUGCAACACUUCUACAGCAUCAAGGUGCAGGGCAAAGUGCCCAUGCACAAACUCUUCCUGGAAAUGCUGGAGGCCAAGGUGUGAACAGGCCAGGCUAAGACGGCCAGGACUUUAAGAGACACACUAACUGAGGAGAAACAAGAGGAGAGACACACUGUUGAUUGACAAGCAGGUUACAGACUCACCUCUCUCCCUCUCUUGUCUAUUCAAAUCUCUGUCUCCCUCUAUCUCUCUCACGGACAUGAGAUGUUUUUAAAGAACAACCUUAAAAAAAAAAUAAGCAAAAUGAAAAACUCAGUAUAAAUAUAAAUGAUGAAGAGUUUAAAAAUAUAUAACAAAUCCUAUGUACUUGUACAGUAAUGAUUUUUUGUUGUUUAUGGUCUGUGAUUAUGUACGAAGAAAGAAAUCUCUCUAACUCUGAGUGUUCUCAAUAAGGUGGACAGGCAUUUUUUUUAUUAUUAUUUUCAGUUUUUGAAAAUCUAACUCUAUACAUGUCAUGAUUCAAUCAGAAACAGUACGUAACGUGGAGCAUCGCAUGUCAAACACAUGCGAUCGUUCGGGGCCGAAGAACUCGUCCGGGACUUGUAAAUAUUCAUCACGGGGCGAUACAAUAAUGACUGGCAAACGUCUGGGAAAAUGGCAGCCAUGUUGUCUUGCUCUGCUCAAAAGGAUGAGAAGACGUGUAAAUCAUAAAAUGUGAGCUUUUGUUUUUUUGUUUUUUGUUUUUCACUUUAAAUGUUCUUGAAUAUACCUCUUCAGAACAGUGAACCUGCAGCAAGGAUUUAAUCAUACCAUGUACAGGAAGUGACACAACUGGUAAACAUGUUUAAACAAACUAGUUAAGCCAGGUAGUCAGUCGUCUUACUGUGUAGUAACUCAGCAAUAAAGGGAGCUGAUGGUACAGAUCUAAUCGAACUGCUUCGCAAUGCUGCUGCCAUUAGAACACAUUUCAUAUUACAUUUCAUACAUUAUGUGUACAAGUGAGUGCAUUUCAGCAAUAAAUCGCACCACUUGCCUGUUGCACUGUGCCCAUUUGCUGAUGGUCGUUAGCAUUGCUGAUGUUUCCUUCAGUCCAAAUUUGGUCAGCGGUGUAAGCUGGUGCUAAAUGUUAGCUGGCAGGCUGACAAACAGACCUGAUUUGGGCAGAGUGAAAGAUGAGUGAGGGAUUGGUAGGGGGGAAGGCUGUGGAGAGGGGAAUGAGGUUCAGAGGAGGUAUUAAAUGAUUUAUGCCAGGUGGCAUAAGUCCAGGAGAUUCCAUGUUCAAACAAUCAGAGGCCCAUACGUCAAAGGAACUAUUCUGGGUGUGUUAAGCCGCGGGUAAAGCCAUCCCGCACAGAGGAAGAAAGGUGCCCAGCAUCUGCUCAGCCCAUUUUAGACGUGACCAGGACUUUUUAUAGUCGCGGCACUUUUAUAGCAAUGUAUCCAAAUGAAGGUGAACAGCAGGUGCAGGUUUUUCACACCAGCGAUAUUUUUAGGCCUGCAAAGGUGGCAGAAGCCUGAAGAAUAGUGUGUGCACACAUUGAGGGCUCCUGACCCCAUGUUGACACAACAGCACUGAUGCAUUGAUUACUAAAAAGGGCUUUGGAGCAUAAACAGCUAAUUACCCUCCUAAACCUCCCCCUCCAAAGGUUUCCAACUAUGUGAGUGGCCAUGAUGGAUGACUAGAAACCACCGGCAUCACUCUACUCCUGUCUGAGAGCAGCAUCGGAGCAACUGUGUGAAUUGUGCUUGGAAAGAGAGCCGCCAUGUUGUUUUGUUUGACCUUUGUGGUGCAUGAUUGGAAAUGUAGUUCAGUACUGUAGAUUUCUGUCACCCCCUUUUUCCUCCAUUCGAGAGAGUCUAGACGGAAAGGGACGGCUUAUACUACUGAUGUCAUUUUAUGUGAUGUUGUAAAUUGUGGCGCUGUCACAAUUUGAUACUGUGAUCAAAGGAACUGACAUAGUGAAAGGGUGAUGGUGGCCAGCUCACUCACUAUAUCAAUGGCCAAGGAGAAUUCUGCUGUACGCUCAUUGGCUACUUAAUGGAUGAAUAGGCAUGCACCUGUUCAAUAAAACUGUUUAAACUUGAAGUGGCCACAGUCCUGUGUAUGGAAGAGGCUCAGCAAAGCGAAUAAGGACAAUGUGAUACAGGGCAUUUUUCAUUUUAUUCUGCAGACGAUGUGGGUGACAACAAGGACCAAUUCUGACUACAAUCAUGCUGGUACUAUUCCUAAUCAGUACUGUUCUCUUUUAUUUUUUUUCCAUAUUGCAGUUCAUAAUUUGUGCAUUUGUGACUCCAGCAUGCAGUUUGACUUUUCUCUGUGUUUAACGCUUCCAGUUUUGGCAACACAGCUAUUCCUAUACUACUUUCUGUGGUCUAUCUGUAUGAACCCUAACUUACUUGAAUUACAUGUACCAUCCAAUUAACCACCACAUCAUUUACGUGACUUUGAAUAGUCACGUUAUCAGCACAUGCAUUUUGAAAGCCCAGUGUGAGUUCCAUAUACACUGUAACUUCACUGUAACCUUUAUUUAUUCCUUUACAUUAGACACUUAUUUGUAUAUUUGUAAUGCUAACUGUAAUGUAAAAAAACAAAAAAACAACAAAAAAAACAACAACAAACAAACAGGCAAACAAACAAAAAUGUUCAAAAGCCCUUUAAGCAUGCGCCAGUCAGAAUUGGUCCACUGUGUUCAAAAUGUCAAAAAUGAAAAGGGAUUUUAUUUUCUCCUAAAAUAUAUUUAUUGUGUGUAUUAUAUCACUUUGGUCACGCUGUACAAUAAUAUCUCUGAUUGUUCAUUUAAGAAUUCAUGUGUCACAUUUCUUUGUUUUUUGUUUUGAUGUCAAAAAAUUGAGAAAAAGGAACAAAGAAAAGAUAUACUCCCAAAGUACUGUGGCUGUUUCUCUCAUGUUGUUCCCAGCACACACCAGACACUGUACAUAGCGCAACACAAGCUCGGUGAUAUGGAAAAAGGCCUGGGACUGUCCUCAAAGCAUCAGUAGGCUCUCCAGGGACGACUGAAUAUGUCAGCGCAUUUACUGCUGUAUAAAGCAGCUCACUCCAACCUGGCUAUAGAUUCUGGUCCAGAGAUUCUGACUUCUUCUACUAUAGCCUAUAAACACAUUUCACGUGUGUAACUGAGAGACAACAGAAGCCUGACUAUUGUAUAGGAUGGUGAUGGCCUUUAGCUUGUCUGUUCAAUUUAGAGGCUCUAAGAGCUUCUCUCUGUUCGACAAAUACAGGAAGUGAGAAUCUGUAAAUUAUGUAU